AUGACGACCCUCAACAACGAUAUUACCCGUGCUUCCACUCCUACUGCGCUCAAUGACGAGGUGUCUAUUCCUUGCACUCCUCCCCACAGCCGCAUUCCUAUGUUCUUUCCCGAUGCUCCCAUGGCACCACGUCCUCGCAAGCGUGUCUUUCAGCCCAGCCACUUUCUAGAGGGUGAACUGGACCAUCUCUUGAUGCCCAUUGCAAUGGACGAAGCACCCGAGUUGGUUGAGGAGACACCGACACUGACUUGCCGUCCCGCACCAGCACACGUCUUGAGACACAAGAUUCGACGAUCCAACAGGAGACCAACACAGGAAGACGACAAUGAAGAUGUGGUGCGAAUUUCCUUCCGAAACAAUGAUGAAUCCACCAAGGAAAACGCCACCGGCAAGCUAUGGGACGACCUGCAGUCCACUCCUCCCCGCUUGACCAUCAAGCGAAGAAACUCUUACAAUGCCCAGUGUGCUUAG